UUGCACCGUACUGCACCAGAGAAUACAGAGAGGAUAGACACUAAAGAUAGAUCCUGACCAUCAUCCAAGGAACAACUGCACAACUGUGGGAAGACAUCCAGUCCCUUCACAGCAUUGCUCAACUCAGAGAAGGUUGGGCAGUGAAACCUUCAUCUGGAAAUCGGUUGGCUUCAAUUAUUCAUCGAGCCUCAUGAAUCACUGACUCAUUCCGACAGGUGAGAAGCUGUUCAAGUGUGAGGUGUGUGCGGAGGGCUCCACAGGCUCAUAAGAUCAACACUCAAGGUGCAUCUCUUGCAACAACUGUUAAGACAAGGGCUACCACAUGGAAGAACAACAAUUGAAGUGUGGAGCAUGUGAUAAAGCUUUUGUGACAUCUGCAAAGCUCCUGAGACACCAGAGGAUUCACACAGGAGAGAAGCCAUUUACAUGCGAGGUGUGUGAAAAAUCAUUUUCUCAGUCAUCACAUCUCCUGGAGCAUCAGAGGAUUCACACAGGGGAGAAACCAUUCACGUGCAAGGUUUGUGAUAAAUCAUUCUCAAGGUCUUCGGAUGUCCGCACGCACCAACGCAUUCACACAGGAGAGAGACCGUUCACAUGUAAAGUGUGUAGCAAGUCAUUUUCGUGGUCAUCGGCCCUCCGUGUUCAUCAACGCAUUCACACAGGGGAGAAACCAUUCACAUGCGAGGUGUGUGACAAAUCAUUUUUGCAGUCAUCGCACCUCCUCAACCACCAACGCAUUCACAUCCCAGAGAAACCGUUCACAUGCGAGGUGUGUGACAAAUCAUUCUCACGGUCAUCAGACCUUUGUGUACACAAACGCAUUCACGCCAGGGAGAAACCAUACACGUGUGAGGUGUGUGAUAGAUCAUUCUUGGAAUCAUCGACCCUCCGCACACACGAGCGCAUUCACACAGGGGAGAAGCCAUUCAAGUGUGAGGUGUGCAACAAAUCAUUCUCACAGUCAUCGAACCUCCAUGUCCACCAACAAAUUCACACAGGGAAGAGACCGUACAAAUGUGAGGUGUGUGACAAAUCAUUCUCACAGUUAUCAAAGCUUCUGUUCCAUCAGACAGUCCACACCGGGGAGAAACCAUUCAAGUGUGAGGUGUGUGACAAAUCAUUCUCACGGUCUCAGAAUCUCUGUCUACACCAACGCAUCCAUACUGGGGAGAGACCAUUCAAGUGUAAGGUGUGUGGCAAAGCCUUCACGCAGUCAUCGAGUCUCCAAAACCACCAACGGAUUCACACAGGGGAGAAACCAUUCAUGUGUGAGGUGUGUGAAAAAUCAUUCACAAGGUCAACAGAGCUCCGUGUCCACCAACGCAUCCACACUGGGGAGAGACCGUUCAAGUGUGAGAUGUGUGACAAAGCCUUCAGGCAGUUAGCGAAGCUCUUGGUCCAUCAGAGGAUCCACACAGGGGAGAAACCAUUCACAUGCGAAGUGUGUGAUAAAUCAUUCUCACAGUCAUCGAGCCUCCGCAGCCACCAACGCAUUCACACUGGAGAGAAACCAUUCACGUGCGAGGUUUGUGAUAAAGCUUUUGUGAUGUCCUCGGCUCUACUGAUACACCAGAGGAUUCACACGGGGGAAAAACCCUUCAGGUGUGAGGUUUGUAACAAGGCGUUCACCCGCUCCUCUGUUCUCUUGAGACACCAGAGGAUUCACAUAGAGGAGAAACUGAAGUGUGGGGUGUGCAACAAAUCAUUCUUAGAGUCAUCUAAACUCCUGUACCACCAGAGGAUCCACACAAGGAAGUAACCAUUCAAGUGUGAGAUUUGUGAUAAAGCUUUCUUGAUGUAUUCGAUGUGAGAUAUCAUUGUGAGUUCUGUCAGAAAUCCUUGACACAAUUGUUGGUCCUCCUGGAACAUCACUGAAUCCAACAGGAACUACCUAGCCAAUUUUUUACUCCAUUUGUCAUCAGUGUGAACUCUACACAAUCUCACUGCAAUGGAUGUUCAGUGGUAUAGGGGCACAGAAGAAGAAGCAGCUUUCACUCACAUCAAACAACUAGUGACAACAACGCCAGUGCUGAGGUACGAUGAGGUCAUUGGUGAAGUCACCCUGCAGUGAGAUGCCAGUGAAACAGGACUUGGAGCAACCCUCAUGCAGCAAGGACAACCAGUUGUGUUUGUAUCCAGAGCCUUAAUACAAACUGAAUGACACUAUGCACAGAUUGAGAAAGAGAACCUGGCUAUUGUCUUUGCUUGUGAGCAUUUCAACCAGUACCUGUUUAGGAGAGAGAAACUGAUGGUGCAGUUUGACAAGUUACUUCAAAGCAUCUUAGUCGAACUGCUUCAAAUUGCUCCAAAGUAUUUACAAAUGAUGUUACUUCAUUUGCAGAGAUAUCAUUUGGAAGUGAAGACUUGAAUGCUUUAAAGAUUAGGUUUGGAGUGUGUGUGCAGGAACAGACUAAGAACAAAGAACAACAAGUUUUUUUUGUUCAAGUGUGAUCAUUUUCUUUAUGGACUAUUUAAAUGGUGUAACCUGCAAACAAAAAGGGGGAUGUUUGGAUAAAUCCCUUUGUAAACUGUGGCUUCCCAUAUUAAUGUGACCUCUGAUGUCAUCAUAUGUAAAUAAAGGUUUGAGGUCAGUAACCAUUUUACACACCACAUGGAACAUUGUUUAGAAUUCAAAUUCCUCCAAAUAUGAAUAACAUGAGUUUCCUGAAGCUUGGGAAACUGACUGGUGAAACGGAGGUGACUUGGAGCAGCAGAUCAGGUGGGGAUUUAAACUUGUCAUUGUCCCAUCUGAAUAAAACCUCACUUAUUGCAGCUGCUGUCUCAGUUCCCCUGGUAAAUCUUUGACAGAGAUUUCUAGUGUGGGAAUAGCCUUCUUCAUGCUCGGAGACUUUCAAACUGACAACAUCAAUGUGGGAUGUGUAGCCUUAGAUGUGUUUGACAGAGAUCAGAAGAGGAAGAUACAGCAUCCAAGGCAGCAAUGACAUGCAGUGGUGGGAUCAGCACAUGCUUAGGGGACAGGGAGACAGAAGGGAAGGGCACGGGAUGGAGGGAGCAAUUUUCUCCUGGUUUUUCUCCUCUCUGUAGGUAGUCUUGGGGUGGUUAGAAUUGGAUUUUCAGUAAAGGACUCCGUUUUUAUUAAAAUAAACAAUUGAAGCCAAGAGUCCUGUAUAAGUUAAUAACACAAGAUCAAAUAAGCCAUUUUAAGACUAACGAUAGUGGCUUCUUCAUCUAUUUUGUCUCCUGCAUUAUUGUAUCAUUGUAUUAAGAUUAAUUCAAAGCCUAGAUUAAGCUCUGAUUGAGUUACGUAUUUAAUCAGUUAUGUUAUCAACAACCGAUGUAAUUGAUUUUUGAUUGAUGUAUUUUUAUCUAUCCAUAUAAUAAACAGGAGUGAUUAAUUGA